AACGCCCGUUCUACGCUGGGGGCCUCUCAAAGCACGGCUUCCGUGCACGCCUCCGCCCCCUCUGCAGGUCACCCUGCCAGACUGAGCAGCCCCGCUGUGCGCCAGCACUUCCUCCACAGCAAGCGGCCGGCCUGCAGCUCUGGGGCCAGCUGACCUGAGGGCGAGGGGCUGGGGAGCCGUGGCCUCCUCUGACCCUGCCCCCUUCUCCUCCCUUCCAGCAGGGCUGGCGACCGGCACCCACGGCUCCGUAAUCCAUUCCUCCCGAGGGGAACGAGCGGUGUGCAGCCCCCGGCGUCCGCCUGGCCUGCAGUGGUGAAGCCGCGCCUCCCCGGGCAAGGCGAGAAGCGCCAGGCGGCAGCCCUGGGCGAGCGCGGCAGGCCUCGCUGGCGGCACGGCCACCCUGCCCGAGAUGGAACCGUGGGCGGAGAAGGGGGACGAGGCUGAGAGCGCGAAGGUCACGGCCCAGCUGCUGAAGGCCCGGACGGGCGAGUUCGACCUGGAGUCCAUCCUGCUGCUGAAGCUGCGAGGCCUGGGCCUGGCCGACCUGGGCUGCCUGGGGGAGUGCGCCAACCUGGAGUGGCUGGACCUGUCGGGAAACGCCGUUUCGCACCUGGGCCCCCUCGGCUCGCUCAAGGCGCUGGCCGUCCUCAACGUCUCCGCCAACCGCAUCGCCAGCCUGGAGCCGCUGGCCGGCUGCGAGCGCCUGCAGAGCCUGAACGCGGCCGGCAACCUGGUCAGCAGCCCGCAGCAGCUGCGGGGCCUGGCGGGGCUGCGGCACCUGGAGAGCCUGCGGCUCAGCGACCCCGUCGGGCGGCUGAGCAACCCCCUCUGCGCCUCGGCGGGCUACCGCGCGGCCAUGGCCGAGAUGUUCCCCGGGCUCAAGGUGAUCGACGGCGAGCGGGUCUCCGGGCGUGGCAGCGAGCUCUACCAGCUGUGCAAGGAGCUGGACAGCUCCCUCCGGCGCGCCCACGGCUCCGGCGGGGCGGGCGCCGCGGAGCUGGCGGGCCUGUCCACGCCGUGGGUGCAGGAGGGCUACUGGGAGGUCCGCCCGGCCCGGCGGAGCUCCAUCGUGGAGGAGGCCUGCAAGCAGUUCAGCGAGGUCCUGCAGGAGUGCCGCGAGCUGAGCCAGCGGGCCGACGACUCCAUUUCCCAGGCGGAGCGGGCCCUGAGCGGCCGCCCCGACGCGAGCUCCUACCUGUUUUGAGCGGCCGGCUCACGGCCUCCCUCCUGGGCUCUUGGCCGGCCGGCCCCCGCCUUCCCCACAGCUGCGGGUCUCGCGGGGCCACCUGGCCCCUGCCGCAGCGGGUCCCACGGUCCCAGGCAGCGCCAACGGGCGGGAAGGGCGCACCUGCCCGGCCGGUGCCACAAAUGCCUGGGCGGGGGGACCGCCCAUUUCCCACCUUCUGCAAGGACCCCCCCAUGGAGGACCAUGGCUACGCUGGUGGGGUCUCCAGGCCGGGAGAACGUGGGGCUCGCCAGCCGCAGCCCAGUCCCCGCUCCCGUCAGAGGCUGCCCCCGGCCGCGUUUAAGCUAGUUCGGAAGUGGGCUUGAGGGCCGCGGCGCUUGCCCCCGCCGCUGUUUCUGCCUCCGAGAACCACCGUGUGCCGCCCUGCAUGGCUUUGCCCUCGCAGAAGAGACGGUCCCCCCGGCCCGGGGGGCUCCGCGGGAGCGAAGGGGCCCGGGGAGCGUGCGCAGUGGAGGGGCCGCGAGAGCCUCUGGGCAUCCCGGAGGACGGGUCAAAAGCGCCCCGGAAAAGAACGUGGGGAACCUCGGACAUGGCUGGCCGGGCAGGGUCUGCGCCCCACGCCUUUGGUGAGGGGCGUCGAGCAGCCAAGGCGCCGCGAGCCCAGGGGAGC